AUGGCCGCGAAGUCUGAUGGAGCGGCGGCCGCGGCCAGCCCGGCGCCGGAGGGGGCGGCUGGGGGAGCCCGGGGCAGCGCGGGCGCGCGCGGGGAGGCGGCGGCCGCCGAGGGCCCCGAGGUGGCCGGGCCGGGGGGCUCGGCGCCGCGCUACGGGCUGCGGGACUGCUGCUGGGUGCUGUGCGCGCUGCUCGUGUUCUUCUCCGACGGCGCCACGGACCUGUGGCUGGCGGCCUCCUACUACCUGCAGGGUCAGUGGACCUUCUUCGGCCUCACGCUGCUGUUUGUACUCCUGCCCUCGCUGGUGGUGCAGCUGCUCAGCUUCCGCUGGUUCGUGUACGACUACACGGAGCCCGCGGGGACCCUGGGACCCGCCGUCAGCACCAAGGACAGCGGCGCCGGCGGGCUCUCCGUCAGCACUAAGGACAGCGCCACCGCCUUCCUGGCCAAAGAGGGCGGCUCCGAGCUGGGACCCCGGCCGCCCGCGCCCUCCUCGGCCAGCGCCCACCGCCGCCGCUGCUGUCGCUUCUGCGUCUGGCUGCUGCAGACUCUCGUCCACCUCCUGCAGCUCGGCCAGGUCUGGAGGUACCUGCGCACCAUGUACCUGGGGCUGCAGAGCCGCUGGCGCGGGGAGCGGCUGCGGCGCCACUUCUACUGGCGGAUGCUGUUCGAGAGCGCGGACGUGAGCAUGCUGCGCCUGCUGGAGACCUUCCUGCGCAGCGCGCCGCAGCUCGUGCUGCAGCUCAGCCUGCUGAUGCACCGCGGCGGCCGCCCGGACCUGCUGCCCGCCCUCUCCACCUCCGCCUCCCUCGUGUCCCUGGCCUGGACGCUGGCCUCCUACCAGAAGGUGCUGCGGGACUCGCGAGACGACAAGCGGCCGCUGUCCUACAAGGGCGCCGUGGCGCAGGUGCUCUGGCACCUGUUCACCAUCGCGGCCCGCGGCCUGGCCUUCGCGCUCUUCGCCAGCGUCUACAGGCUCUACUUCGGCAUCUUCGUGGUGGCCCACUGGUGCGUCAUGACCUUCUGGGUCAUCCAGGGCGAGACGGACUUCUGCAUGUCCAAGUGGGAGGAGAUCAUCUACAACAUGGUGGUGGGCAUCAUCUACAUCUUCUGCUGGUUCAACGUCAAGGAGGGCCGCAGCCGCCGCCGCAUGACCCUCUACUACGGCAUCGUCCUGCUGGAGAACGCGGCGCUCACCGGCUUCUGGUACGCCAGCCGCAACUUCUCCACCGACUUGCACUCGCUCAUCCUGGUCUGCGUGGUGGCCUCCAGCUUCGCGCUGGGCAUAUUCUUCAUGUGCGUCUACUACUGCCUCCUGCACCCCAACGGGCCCAUGCUGGGCCCCCAGGCGCCCGGCUGCAUCUGCCCGGAGGCCCCAGAGCCCCGCGGCCCCCCGGCCGACGCCGUCACAAGCCCCCCGAGGUCCCUGCCGAGGACUACAGGCGCCGCCGAGCGGGACGGGGUCUCGGUGGGGGGGGAGCGGGCGGGGACCCCCACGCCGCCUGUCUUCCAGGUGCGGCCCGGCCUGCCUCCCACACCGGCGGCCCGCGCCUUGCGGACAGAGGGGCCCGUCAUUCGGAUUGACCUGCCUCGUAAGAAGUACCCCGCGUGGGAUGCGCAUUUUAUUGACCGCCGGCUCCGGAAGACCAUCCUGGCCCUGGAGUACUCCUCGCCCGUCACGCCCCGGUUGCAGUACCGGAGCAUGGGGACCUCGCAGGAGCUGCUGGAGUAUGAGACCACGGUGUAG